UUUUCAUAUAUAAAAACACAAGCCAUACUAAAACAUAGGUAACACAACACACAUAUCAAAAUGACAAUUCUUAAUCAUCAUCAUGAUGAGCAACCACAUUUUGUGUUACUUCCUUUUAUGGCACAAGGCCAUACAAUCCCUAUAAUAGACAUAGCUCGUUUAUUAGCACAAAGAGGUGUUAUUGUCACAAUACUUAUGACACCUUUAAAUGCCAUAAGGUUCAAUAAUGUCAUUGCCCGCGCAGUCGAAAAAGGACUCAAUAUUCAUAUAAUUCACCUCGAGUUUCCAAGUUUAGAGGCAGGGUUACCACAAGAUUGUGAAAAUUGUGACAUGAUUUUAUCAAUAGACAUGAUAAAUAAGUUCUUUAAUGCUACUCAAAUGCUUGAGACACAAGUGGAAGUGUUGUUGCAAGAUUUGAAACCAAAUUGUCUAAUUUCUGAUUUGUGUUUUCCUUGGACAACAAAUGUUGCUAAGAGGAUUGGCAUACCUAGGAUUGUUUUUCAUGGGAUGGGAAGUUUUUCUUUGUUGUGUUUGCAUAAUUUGAGAGAUGGGAAGUUGUUGGAGAGUGUUGGUUCUGAGAAUGAAUACUUUUCAGUGCCUGGACUUCCAGACAAAGUUGAAGUGACAAAAGCUCAACUAAAAGCAUUAGUGGAUCCAAGCAAUCCUGAAUGGAGAGAACUUGGAGACCAAAUGAAGGAGGGAGAGGCUCAAGCUUAUGGAAUUGUGGUGAAUAGCUUUGAGGAGUUGGAACCUCAAUAUGUGCAAGGAGUGAAAAAGGCCAAAGGUAAGAAGGUUUGGACAAUUGGUCCUGUUUCCUUAUGCAACAAAGAGAAACAAGACAAAGUUGAAAGAGGAAACAAGGCUUCAAUUGAUGAACACCACUGCCUAAAAUGGCUUGAUUCUAAGGAACAAGAUUCCGUGCUCUACGUUUGUCUUGGGAGUCUAUCGCACUUGCCAACAUCACAAAUGAUUGAACUUGCACUUGGUUUAGAGUCAUCUAAACGACCCUUCGUAUGGGUCAUUAGACACAUAUCAAAUGGAUUUAGAAAAUGGCUAAAUGAAGAGAACUUUGAGGAAAGAGUUGCAAAACAAGGGAUUUUAAUCAAUGGUUGGGCACCACAAGUACUAAUACUAUCUCAUCCUUCGAUAGGAGGAUUCCUGACACACUGUGGAUGGAACUCGAUCUUAGAAGGGAUAUCGGUUGGUGUCCCAAUGAUCACUUGGCCAUUAUUUGCUGAACAAUUUUGUAAUGAGAAGCUCAUUGUGAAUGUACUCAAGACAGGAGUGAAGGGUGGUAUGGAGAAUCCAGUGAUGUUUUUAGAGGAUGAAAAAGUGUGUGCACAAUUGAAGAAAGAUGAUAUUAAGAUGGUUAUUGAAAGAGUAAUGGGGGGAGAAGAGGAAGCAAAAAUGAGAAGAGAAAGAGCUAAAAAGCUUGGAGAAAUGGCAAUAAGGGCUGUGGAAGGAGGUUCAUCUCACUUUAAUUUGACAAAACUAAUAGAAGAUGUCACACAACAAGCAAAAAUUGGGGGUUUUAAGUCUAGCUAAUGUUUCUUGAUUAAGUAAGUAGGCAAAUGUUGGAAAAUCUAUGUGAAAUCUUAUGUUGAUUUACGAAUAUCUGAUUAUGAUUUAGUGGUACAGUUAAAUUUGUAAGAGGUCAAGAACACACGACUUUGUUCACACAUUAGAUCCUGUUACUAGCCAUUGAAUAUUAUGAUAUAAAUAAAUAAAGGAGAGAAUCGUAUGAAGCUUUCAACUUCAA